AUUGAGAGUGAGUUGGCUCUGCAGUGCCAACCCAGCAUCAAGCCUGCUCAGUUUAGCUUGCUAGAGUGUUUACUGGAUGCGAUCUGCAGAAGAGAGAGAGAGAGGAUGACAGCUUUCUGCUGAAUGGAUGCUUGGUCCAAAUAGAAGGGGGAGGGGAGAGAGAGAGAGGUGUGUCUCUGCGUGUGGCGUGUUCCCCCCUUAAGAAAUUGCUCUAUUCUCUCCAUAGAGCCUCUGUGACCACACACUUGGUAAAGAACUCCAGAGCACGAGGACAGGUCAAAGGCAAUAAAUUUGAAUGCCAGCCCUCCCAUUUGAAUGCCAGCUCUGCCCAGGAACCUCAGCUUUGACAUGAAUGGAUCACAGGGGCACGAGCGUAGCUUGUCCUCCUUAUCCAGUUUGAGCCAGAGCUAAGACACCACCUUUUGCUGAUUGACGUUGUGUUACUCCUGCUGCUCUGCUGCGCCUCCAUUGGCAACUUGAAAAUUGGAUCUUAACCUCAGCAUAGAGGAAGUGAUAACAGCAGUUGCAUUUACUGCUAAAACUGAACUUAAGUUCUGAGCAACUUACAAGGAAAUUCAGCUGUCGCUUCCAGGAGGCAAGAGAAUUCUAGGAGGCAAGACAGUUAUCACGUUUUGCAAAGGAUUCUUUGAUUUGAAAUAACAGAGUAUGACAUUAUUGCUUUUUCUUCCCUGAAGUCUUGACUCCUGGAAAUUACACCCGAACAAGAAGGUUAGCGAACACUUUAACUAAUUGGGAUGCCUGCAUGGCAACAUUGCUGAUGCUUAACAGAAACAGAGGGAUGAGGACUCGCCUUGGCUGCCUGUCUCACAAAUCGGACUCAUGCAGCGAUUUCACAGCCAUCUUGCCAGACAAACCUAACCGGGCUUUGAAAUUAUCAACAGAAGAAGCUACAAGAUGGGGAGACUCUUUUGAUGUCCUCCUCUCCCACAAAUAUGGAGUGGCUGCAUUUCGUGCCUUUUUGAAGACAGAAUUCAGCGAGGAAAACCUAGAGUUCUGGUUGGCUUGUGAGGAGUUCAAAAAGACAAGGUCUACUGCUAAACUGGCAUCCAAGGCCCAGCGGAUUUUUGAAGAAUUUGUUGAUGUGCAAGCACCACGAGAGGUGAACAUAGACUUCCAGACACGGGAGGUGACAAGACGGAACAUACAAGAGCCCUCAUCUUCCUGUUUUGACCAGGCUCAGGGGAAAAUCCACAGCCUUAUGGAAAAAGACUCUUAUCCCAGGUUCCUGAGGUCCAAAAUUUACACAGACCUGCUAUCUCAAACCCAGAGAAGGCUCAGCUAAAGCAGGGCUGGAGCUGGGGAGCUUUCCCUCCUUAGUCACCAUGAGCUUCCUGCACUGGGCCAAAUCCAUUUCCAUAUGUGAAUUCAAGUUCAUUGGUGUUGCAACAGCAGUAGAAUGAGAGGAGGAAUGGAAGAAAAUGGAGAAACUGGGCUGUGUAUAUGUGUAAAAACAUUUCACAAUGUAAGUCCAAUGGUCUCUUUGUGGUCCUCAUUUGUGUGCACAGGCACGUCUUGUUUUUAACUGAAGCACAUGUACACAAAGAGCAACGAAAUCAUUUGCAGCCGAUGCUCUUUUUUUGGAGUGUAACAUCUGGCCUAUACUAUAUGCUGAGUUCACCAGUCACAAAGUGAAGCUUGCUAAAAUGUUACUACACCAGGCCUGUCUGUAAAUAAUCAGCAGCAAUGGGCAACAGGCAGCAAAACUCAGAUCACAGAAUGAGUUCCUACAGAAUGUAGGAAGAGGUUGCCGUUGUUAGAAAAGUCCAGAGAUCAAGGCUGGAAAUUGAAGAUACAAUGUAGAAAGAACAAGACAGAUCACAAAUUCUAUCUUUAGUCAGAAUAGUAGCUAAUAAUACAUAAAUUAGGGUAUAGGAUGGUGGCGGGCAACAAACAAACAACUAGGUUGCAGACAAAAAAAGACAAGUAAGACCAAAGCUUAUGUGUUCCUUUGGUUAUUUAUUGCCAUUUUGCAAAGAAUGGGAGACCUGACCCAAGACAUUUCAUCUAGUCAGAUUUAGAUGCAAACAGUGACACUUGCUUAUCCAAAUCAAGGUACAGAAUACCGAAAGCUAGACACAGUGUUUUGGCACAUGAAGCAGAAACUCCCCAAAACACCAAUUAAGGAACUAUGUUAAAUGGCCUUUUGAAACACCAAAAAUCUACUCCCUCAGGCAGAUGUCUCACUCUGCUCAAUGGUAGGGCCAUACUUGAUCAACAAUCAAUCUUGGAUCCCAACUGGAGUUUGAAAAGAUAGUAAACCUGCAAUCAAUUCUCUUUUUAUAUAUAUAUUUGCAUUCAAAUAUUUUAUUUCAAUCAAUAACCAGCAUUAAAUCAAACUGUAAACGGUAAAUAAAACAUAUGGUUAGGCAUUAAAAUACAACUUUUAAAAGCAGAGUUAAGAGACAGUAUUAAAUAUGAGAGUUAAAACAGUAUUAAAUAUUUCUAUGUUCAAAUAACAAUAAAAGCUAAGAUAAAAUAAUAAAACAUUUUAAGACUGUGACACCAUCUUGCGCCCGCAAGCUAUUGCUGCUGCACAGAAGCUUGCAACUUUAGCAGUUAUUUCAGAAGAUUUUGCCAUCCCCCCCCCCCCCCAUAAAGAUCAAGUAGACAGAAUAUAUUGCAAAUAACAAAAAUAACUUUCUGGCUUUGCACCGCACAUUUUAGUGCAAAUAUUAUGACACAAUUAGUGUUCAAUGGAGCAUGUAUGUCAUCAUAUGCUGUUUACGGGUAAGAAAUUCUAGACUAAUCCUUACCCAAGGUCCCACAGCACUAUUUCCCUGUAUAUUUGGAUAUUCACCAAUGUAUUAUUAUUAUUAUUAUUAUUAUUAUUAUUAUUAUUAUAUUUAUUUAUGUAUUUAUUUAUUUAUAUUAUAACCCACCUUUCUCCCCAAGGGGACUCAAGGUGGGUAACAGCCACACACUUGGAUGAAUUUAAACAUACUGAUGAAGUAAGGCUGAGAUAAGCAUUUCUGUCCAUUUGGACAACUAUUUCACAGGCUGAAGAACCUGUGCACAUGUGGCAGUGCAUGAACUCACUCUUAGGUCAAAAGCUCAGCUUUCUAUGGUUUUGUAUUAGUAUGACCCUGAAGCAUUCUCUACCUCUUGAAAAUGCUGUCCCUUAUUCAUUUACACAGAACACAAAUUCAACAGCCAUUGCAAAUAGUUUUGCAUUUCAAACCAAAUAUGAACACUGUUCUUUCUCCUUUUCAUUUGAAAUGUCAGCUCGGCCCCCUUUGCAAAGAAUGGAAACUGAAGCUAGGAACAAAAAUGGCACUCCCUCUGUGUGAAAUGCUGGUCCUGGAAUGGAAUUUUAAAUAUUUUUUUUAAAAAAAAUUACAGGGUAAAGAGCAAAAGGCUUUCUCUAAGAAAUAAACAAAAAUCUGAAAAAAAUCAGUACUUUUCCAUUAUCCGAGUGGAGGCCAAAAGAGCAGAGGCUAGAAAGAGAAGGAUAGUUCAUUUUACAAGAGGAAAGGGUGUUUGAAGGAGUAAAUCAUUUCCCCCUGUUUUCCUGUUAUUCCCCCUACCCAUGUUGCCAUUGUGAAAACAACUCUCAUUUAUUAUAUGGGAAAGGGGUGGGGUGGGAUAACCAGUGAAAACAUGGGAAAUUGAUCUCCUCCUUGGACUAUCCUUCUCUGUCUAGUGCCUCCUUUUGGCCUCCCUGGAUAAUGAGACAGUACCAAAAGAUCUAUAAGAUAUUCUCACCUGAUUAAUUGUGGCCAGUUUUGCUAUGGGAGAAAAGAUUUGAUUUUCCAGGUGCUAGGAACAGUCUUCAGAAACCUUUCCAAUUGCAAGACUCAUCAUUGGCCUUUGCCGGCCAGGGCUGAUAGGAAUUGUCCAACUCAUCGAAGGGUACCAUGUUGGAGAGGGUUGUCCUAAAGAAGGAGGAGUUACACCCAAGUUUACAAAUUCUUUACACAAUUCACUAGACAUUAAUGAAAACUUCCAUUCUCUGCUUUCCUGCACCAAUGGACCAAGGUGGCACUGAAUUCUACCAUUAUAUUAUUUAUAAUCGUCAUUGACUGUUAUUUAUUGUUCACAAACUCAUGCUGGUGCUCUGCAAACAUGCAAGCAUAUAUAGUUCCUGCUCAAAGGGUACUUGCUUAGGCAACAACCAUCUUUUGCAGAUGAAAAUCCAAAUCUUGAAGCUGUUUGAGUAUGUGAAUAUAGCUACUAGAUAUUGUGCAGUAUUUACAUCUAUCUCCUCACAAUACAGGAGCAUGCCCAAUUCUGUAUGUAUUAUGCAUAUGUUGUAUUUUAGUACCUAAGAUACACAACUUAAAAUAGACUUUAUGUAGACACCCGCUGUUUGCUAAUGCUCCAAAACUCUGCAGAAAACAAAUAUUUUAUAAUAGACUUUGUGCUGGGAUUGGGGGAGGGAUGUUGUUGGGAUUUUAUGCAAUAAAGAGAGAACAAGGAAACAGGGUUCUUAAACUACCUUUCACAGGGAAGGGGAAAUGCAUGUUUGUUUCUUUGUCUUGUCAUAGACUUUUGUGUGAUAUGUCUUUGCAAAUAUGAUGUACCCUAUGGUUGAGAAGCAUUGAUGAGAUAUAAGAGGCAAGAGUGAAAAUAGAUGGGUGAAUCAUAAGGCAGAAAACGGCUUCCAUUUAUAAAGUCAUUACCACCUUCCUAGCCACUUUGGUGAAUCCAGAUCACGUUUUUUUUUUCUGUAUGGAUGCUUUUCGUGGAUGCCAGAUGUAUUUAUUCCAGCAGUCUCUUAUUUGCAAGUCACCUAGGCAAAUACUUUUAACAAAAUAAACUGAAGCAAACUUGUAACUAGGCAAGAUAGCACCAAAAAUGGCAAAGGUUAAAAGCUUUCAUAACUUUAAAAAUAAUAGAAUCUUUAUCAUGCUUUAUGAGGAGCGGCUCAAAGUGAUGGGUCUGUUAAGCCUGCAGAAGAGAAGGAUGUGAGGAGACAUGAUAGCCAUGUAUAAAUAUGUGAAAUGAUGUCAUAAGGAAGAGGGGCUGCCUUGGAGACUAGGAUUCGUAGCAAUGGGUUCAAAUUACAGGAAAGCUGUUUUACAGGCACUAUUAACACCUCUCUUGCUGCUCUUCAGGCUACAGUCUUAUAAGACCUAAUUGGAACGGAGACCCACAAACUCUUAUGGGCAUACUUCUGAGAUUAUAUGUUUCAUCUUGGGAUGUUUAUAGUGUUCCCUCACUACUUCGCGGUUCGCUUUUCGUGGAUUCGCUGUUUCUUGGUUUUUCAAUAAACUUUAGAAGACUAUUAUAAAUCAUAAAAAAUAUAAUUUACAGCCUAAGGAAGGGAGGAAGGAGAAGCCAAAGGGAGAGAAAAGGAUCCCAAGCAGCAACAGGAGGAGAAGGAGGCAAUUUAUCAACAUAUAAAAUAGUGUAUAACUACUAAAAUAAUAUUAAAAUAAAUAUAGCGUCCCUACUUUGCGGAUUUUCAUUUAUUGCAGGUGGUCUUGGAAUGCAAUAAGUGAGGAACACUGUAAUUCAUGAUAGCAGGGUGAAUGCUGUGCCUAUGCUAAAAAUACCAUCCUCACCCGACUGUUGAAAUUGAGGGAUAUUAGCACAAGCUUUCUGCAUCAGUGUCAUGCUUGCUUUUAGUCCAACUGCUCAGAUUACAGGAAAGGGAUUCAAUAUGUUUAUAAAUUUAUUAUGAAAGGAAGCGUCUCAUCUGAAACCAUUAAUGUUUUUGUAAGGAGGUCACAUGCACACACUCAUACAGGGGGACAAAAAUAGCCUAACCCGUUUAGAGUCACGUUUUAAUGGAGGGAAAUUGGCAUCCAUUGUGGACUAUAAUGCUAACAUCACAGCUUCAUUUGCACUAAAACAGGCCUGUGAUGAAUGCUUUUUUCUCAUAUUAAUAAAUCCAAAGAAUGGAAAUGGGACCUCAAUUAUUGUAACAAGCUCUAUUAUCCUAUAUCUCCUCAAAGAUAAGUAUCUUUUCUUUCAUUCGGCUUUUAUCAACAACCCAAGGAGAAAAUAUUCUCUCAAAAUUACCAUAGCCCAAAGAUAUUAAAAGCCAUUACAUUAUUUACUGCAUUUAUCCACUUAACGUUUUGUGUGCGUCAGACUCCACUAUUACUAGAAUUAUUUAUGACUGAUGGUCAAUUUAUGUUCAACGUAGGGCUCAUUCAAGGUCCCAUGGGAUUCAACAUCUCAUGCAAAGCAAAAGUAGGAAACUUCUGGCUCUCCAGAUGUCUCAGUUUUGGAAGCUCUAGCAGCAUGGUCAAUGACUGCAGGGUUUAUAGUUCAAAAUAUAAAUAUGGGUCAGAGUAUUCCCAUCCUUUUUUUAAAUAUAAUUUUUAUUGACAAGUUGUUUUCUAUUAGAUAUAAUACAGCAACAGUAGAAAUACAACAAAAAAAAAAAUAGACGAGAAUGGGGAAAGAAAAGGAAAGACGAGGAUAAGAGAUGGAAAAGGAGAGAGAGAAAAGAAAGAAAAAAAUACAUAUAAAAACAUUAUAUGCAUUUUGACUUUCAUUUACUUCAUGGUGUUGUAUAAAAAAGAUUUCACAUAAACCUAGUGUACUUACUAUUGUUUCUUCAAGCAUCCCUUUUUUAUCACUAGUACUUCAGGAACAACAAUUUUUCUUCUCUCUCAUUUAUUCAGAUUAAUAUCUUAAUUUUUUUCCCCGUUUUUUAAAUAUUCUUUGAUCCCAUCCUGACAUGCUGCUCCCUCUUCUAGCAGUGUCUGCAGCCAGGUCACAGUUUACUUGGUCACAAGAAAGCUAAACAAUUGAGUCUUUUAAAUGAGAUGACAUUCUAACUAGAAUUUUGCAGACAUGCACAAUUUUAUAUGUAGUUUGUUUCAUAUAUUUGACUCAAGAAACAGGACCCAGAAUGUGGCUGUGGCUGUCCCUAUAAUGCCUGUCAGUUGGGGAUUGUUCUUGAUGGCUCCCAUUGAGUCUAUAGAGAGAAGGCUUAAUAGUAGCUAUAGUGUUUGGAAAAGUCUCCAGGCUCCCUUAGCCAUUUGGAAAGUAUAAUCCAGAAGCAUAACUUUCUGAAACUCUGCAUUCUCCUCACUAUAUAAUAUUUUAUAUUUACUAUGUCCAGUGUAAGUGGAUAGCUUUCAACCAACAGUCCAGCAGUCCAGGAGAGCAGAAAUCUGUCAACUGCCUACAGUGGGUAAUCCAGCCUUCUUCACCAAUAGGUAUAUAUACAUAUAUACAUAUAUAUACAUAUGCAUAUAUACAUAUAUAUAUAUCUGUAGCAUUUCUCUGCACACAAUGAUGGAGAUGAUAUGCAUAGUCAUUUAUAAGUUCCCCCGCCACACAUAAUUUCAUUAAUCAUUUUUUUGGAUUUACUAUUUAUUUAUUUUUUAAUUCAUUCAAAUAUACAUACAUUUGCGAGUGUUUGUUGCAUACAGUGCAAUACUUUCCAGCGAUUAGUCUUUCAUAAUCAUUUCUCACAUAAUAUAUUUUUAAUAAGAGGUCACAGUCUUCUAUUUAAAUAGUACAUAUAAAGGUAUAGGCUCCAAAUUAAUAUCCAUUUCCUCCUUGCCCACACUCUUAUAGCUUCCCCUAUUUACAUUUUUAGAUUAAUUUUACAUUGAGAUAUUGGAUCAUUGGUUGCCAUUCAUUAAUAAAGUUCUCUACAUUUCAUUAAUCAUUUUAAACCAUGGAUGAUUGAGAAAUUAAGUCCCGAUGUUUCAGGUUAGGCUGUAAAUCUUUGUUUUGUUCUUAGUUGGGAGAAUGGACAUCGAAAACUUCAAAAUUCCAUCCUUCUGUAGUGAGACUUGAUUUUUUGUGUUCUGUUACUUUUUUUGCAAAAAUUGUACAAAAAUAGGACUUUGUGUGAAAAAAUGAUGGUCAGAAUGCUGUAUCAGUUCACACUGUACUUAACCAAAUAAGUUUUCCUGGCCUGACCAUGCUCUGAUCAUCAUCAGAAUAGACAUCUUUGUCGUCAUGUAGCUGAUGAAUGAUAAAGCAGGGUUGCUGUGUGUUUUCCGGGCUGUAUGGCCAUGUUCCAGAAGUAUUCUCUCCUGACGUUUAACCCACAUUAAUGGCAGACAUCCUCAGAGGUUGUGAGGAUGCCUGUCAUAGAUGUGGGUGAAACGUCAGGAGAGAAUACUUCUGGAACAUGGCCAUAUAGCUCGGAAAACACACAACAACCCCGUGAUUCCGGCCAUGAAAGCCUUCAACAACACAAUGAUAAAGCAGUUACUCUUUCAAGUUUCACAAUCACUACUUAUUCACAAUUUUGACACUACUGCCUCGAUUGUAACCCCUUCCCCAACUUACUUUACUACGGGAGAAGGAGAUCAUGCUCAAAGAGAUUAGGCCAAGAGAAGUUAAUUAGAUCCCAUUCUUGACAUGCUUCUCUUUUUUCGCUUUCUUAGCUAAGUAGAAUCUGAUACAGAAUUUUCAUGCUUUUUGCACAAAACACAAUAAAAAGGAAGGGGAGUCUGCUGCAUUUCCCCCCUGCCCACAAGAGUGAAGAAAUUUUAUUGGCUGAGGAAAUUUUCCUCUUGAGGUAUGAGGAAUUUUGUAUUUUUUUAAACAUUCUUAAUUCCAAUGUAAACAGAGCUUACCAGCCCCUACCAGACAAAUGAGCAGAAAAGAACAAAGCGUUUCAGGGUUUUUUUUUGCACUUUCUCAAUUCUGAAACACUGUUUUUCAUUUUAGAAAAAUAACCUUCAAAUGCAUGUUUUGAGAAGAAAUAGUUUAGAACUGUGUAUUUUAAAGAGGAAAUAAAAAGUGAACAUUUUCACACAUACAAAUUGAUGUCGAAAUGGAAUAGCAGAAACAUGAUAUAUGUGAGAGAAUGAAAACAGAUUCAUGCAUGCGACCCUACUUUAUAUAGUCUAGUUCUUUAAUAUAUAAACUUCUGCUACAUAGGUGCUUGCUCUCAUAGAGAAUAAAAAAAUCCUUGAAAAAAACCAUAGAGUAAGUAAGCAAAAUGGAAGCAACAGGAAGGGGCUGCAAAGUGUGAAGUCUCUCUAAGCCAGUGGUUCUCAACAUGUGGGUCCCCAGAUGUUGGUCCUCAACUCCAAGAAAUCCUAACAGCUGGUAAACUGGUUGGGAUUUCUGGGAGUUGUAGGAGACCCACAGGUAGAGAACCACUGCUCUAAGCACUGCAACUUUUUGGGUACAGUUUAGUUGAGUCCGUUCAUGAUUGGAUAGAUGUACCUUCCUUGGUAAAUAUGUGUUCUCUGGUAUAAAGCAUUUUUGUGUCUUAUGCUAUAUAUAUUAUGGUAGAAUAACAUAUAAAAUAUGCCAGUGUGGUGUUAAUGUUGCAUUUUGUGUGCACUAUUUGGUAGUGGAAGUUUUCAAGUUCUCCUAGGCUUCCUGUUACUCAAAGCAGCAUAAUCGAGCACACUGAACUGAGUAUUCCUUGAUAUAGUUAAGUAAGUAAAAUAAAAUAAUAUGUUUACAACUUAACAGAGCAAUAUCAAAACAUACCUUAUGCCAAUCCCUCAGUGCCUCUCCUCCCUUGCAGCUGCAGCUCUGCUCCUAUGCCACACUGGCAAACACCUUGCUUCAAUUCUCUUCCUCCUGCCAAAGGACUUUGCAUACUGCAUUUUUCAUACCAAGUGAACCAUAGUCUUUGGAAGCAACCCUAAAGGCUAUACAGCUAGAUUUAACAGUCUCAUGAAGGGGCUCUUGAGACAGGCUUGUAAAAUGCAUCUUCUCCUUCCCUUCUUCCUGCAACCAUUUCAUGCAUGCUUUGAUAUUGGUGACAUGUUCAAGGGGAAAAAUUGUUUUCCAACACUGGUUUUAAAAAUGUCAUCCUCUAAGUGUGUGCAGUUUUGUGUUUUAAACUCACAUGAAUCAUAGCACUAUAUGACUGAAAGAAUAAAAUGCUGAAUGGAUUUAUAUGGGAGUGAGCACCAUUUUGUUGAAAAGUAAAUAAUAAAACUUUAAUACUCA